UCAUCGGUAGCGCCAUCCCACUGUAGAAUUGGAUCCGCCCCUGACGUUGACGUUAGGAACCAAACCAGUUAACGUUAGGCAGUUGUCGAACAUGGCGCUUCCCAGUAGCUGGUUGUUAUUACUACUGCUUAUUAUUUUAGUUGCUGUUUUUGUACACGCAGAUGAUGUUAAAAAAGAAAAGCCAAAAAAGAAAAAGGAUAUUCGUGAUUACAAUGAUGCUGACAUGGCUAGGUUGCUUGAACAGUGGGAGAAGGAUGAUGAUAUCGAGGAGGGAGAUCUACCAGAGCACAUGAGAAAACCAGCUCCAGUCGAUUUUUCUAAAAUUGAUCCCAGUAAUCCAGAAAAUUUCCUCAAGAUGUCCAAGAAAGGCAGGACGUUGAUGGUAUUUGUUACAGUGUCCGGAAGCCCUACUGAAAAAGAAACGGAAGAAAUAACAAGUCUUUGGCAGGGUGGUUUGUUUAAUGCAAAUUAUGAUGUGCAAAGAUUUGUUGUUGGUUCUAAUCGUGCUAUCUUCAUGCUGCGAGAUGGAGCUUUUGCUUGGGAGAUCAAAGACUUUCUUGUGAAUCAGGAACGUUGUGCAGAUGUAACUGUGGAGGGACAGGUAUAUCCUGGCAAAGGAGCUGAUAAAAAGGGUCCACAAGAUGACAAAGAUAAAAAUAAAACCAAACCAAAAGAUAAAAUGAAGAAAAAAGAGGCUGCUAAAACAUCUACAGAAGACAAUCGUGCAAAUAAAAAGGAAGAACUGUAACAAGCAUUUCAGAGAUGCAGAAUGUUUCUGCUUCAGUUUGCCAACUCACCGGAACAUAUUUUUAGUCAGUGUUAAUGUUUUGUUAUACCACAGGAAAGUAACACUGAAUGAAUGAGUUAUGUGGACUGAAUUCUUGGAACAUAUUCUGAAACAGUCCUGUAGCUUCGUUUCAGGAAGCUUGACAGAAAUGUUUUACCAUUAAUGUACACCUUUCUUCUUGUUUCAUUUGAAAAAUAAUGACAGUACAACAGAAGAAACUUCUGUGAUGGUGAAAUGAAGUUGCUUAUAAAAGCCUUAAAGCAAAUCUAAUUUAUAUCACUUUGAAGACCCUUUGCAGUGAGUCAGGUUUCCUGUACUGAUGUACCUAAUUUGGCAUGUUUCUCAAAUAUUUUCAGUUUCCAUACACUAGCAUGGGUCUUUCCUCGUCUGUUGCUCAUGUGAGUUCACCCUGCAUAUAUGGAGGGCACACUGAGCCUUUGUACUCCCAUCUGUGCUACUUGUGCUUUUUAGAUGUUGGUAUAACAGUAUCCAGAGUUUGAUGUCAGUAUCUUUUAACUUCAAAGUGGUUUGUAGUUGGUGGAUUGCAAGCUAGUUUCUCCCUAACUCCACUUGUAUCAUCUGGGAGAGCUGCAUAACAUUAAACACAGACCUAAGUAUCUCUGUAUGCACAGGAAGGGAUGAGAAAUGUUUGCAUGUUCAUCAUAGGCCAGAAGGGGAGAGGCUACUCGGUGAGGGUCCAGUAAAGUUAUAUUUUGUAAUUCCAAGGUUAUUUCACACCAGGAAAAUGGUAAUUGAUAGAGGCUAGGUAUCAUACAAAGCCUUCUCUUCAAAAGUUCGAGUAGAUUGCUUCUCGUUCCUUGUACAUCAGUUCUCCUGUCUGCCAGUAAGGGAUUUCCUUCACACCCAUUGUAGGGAAUAAGAGCGUAAGAGAUGCAUCGCCAGCAGUAGUUUUGUGGUAUCUUUCAUUAUGCUGGUGCUGACUCUGUGCUUUAUCCUUGACACCUUUUCCAGAGCACUUCUCAUCUUAUCUUUCCAGUGAUCAUCUGCCUCCUGAUAAAAUUCUGGGAAGAUAAUCAAAAACUCAUCAUUCUAUUUCCUGAGAAAUUUGUAGCUUCAGGCUAUUUUCUGUGACAGUACAAAACACUGCCCCACUUCAUCCAAGGAAUGUGCUCUCAUUUGCUAUGAUGUCUGACCCCAGUUCAAGGUAUGGCCGCUUCUUAGAGCUCCUGAUCUGGAUGGGUCUUCAGCAGGUGUCUCCAAGGAGACUGAAGUUGCUCAUAAACCAUCCACCUGGCAGACAGUCUGCUGAAUAGAGUUUUGGACAGUGAGACAUUUUGAACUUCCCCUUUCAUCCUGUGGUGGUGAUGACUUGCCACAAGCAUCUGUUUCUGUGAUGUAACUGGUUUUGUGGUGAGGGUGUAUGUUUUUGGCAUCUCACUGCACAUUGUGACCUAGUGGAGGGCAGAACUUUGGGAAGGUGUUUGCUGUUUAAGGACUCUCAUAAAAGGGUGCUGUUUUUGUCCAUUUCUGAAGAACUCUUUGACUUUCUUGGGAGUGGAACUGUAUAUUUUGACAGGCUUGCGGUUUUGUGUUUUGAGCUGACUGCCUUAAUGCGACUCUGAGGAUUCUCUCUUGAAAGAUAUUUUUAUUGGUUGCCAUCAUAUUGGCCCACAGAAUCUCUGAAGUGAUACUCUUGGCUAUAGGAUGGAAGAGGCUAUGUUGUACAAGAAAUUGGUAUCUUCCUGGACUAACCUGCAUUUAAUCACAAAAAAUGGUUUUGGAACUACAUUUUAAACUUAGUCCCCAUUCAUUCAUUCUCUCUUCGUGGGACACAGUGCAGGGAAUGAAGCUCUUCAUACCUUGGAUGUGUACUAUCAGUUAAAUAAUGCCGGAGGAGGAUACAUGAGCUUAAGAAGGGAAACAAGUUUGUCUCUUAUUCCACAUAAGAAGAAUUGUCUAAUAUCCUGGUGAAUUGCUGGCAGCAUUUGUCCAGUGGCAAGCCACACAUUAUGGGCAUCAAAGACUACUCCAUCAAUGGUGUAGCUGCUUAAAUGAUAUCUGUUUUAUAGCAAUCUGUGAUGUGGAUUUACAGUUGUCAUUUCAGACCUUUACUCAGUUUACUACAUUUAAAUGAGUCUGGUCACAACACUGAGCCUGGCUUGACACCUCAGUGCUUUACUUAAGAUUCAGCUUUUUGAAUUUAUUUCAUUGGGCCUUCCUUUGGAUUGGACUUCCUACAGAGGUAAAAUUAUAUUAAUUGUAAUUCCUCCUGCAGUUUCCUACAGGAGAGCGUUUCAAGGCCAGUUGUAAUGUUCAGCAUAUCUCUUUCUCAGUAUGCUUGGAUAGCCUCUCAGCCCAUAUAUGUAGAUGGAUUUUCCUAGAAAUGUAUUUAUUUUUCCAGGUUGGCACACACUGUACACAGGGAUCAAAGUGGAUAUUAUAGGAGUCCAGUACAUAUUUGUAGUCUGUCUGAUGCAUGAUGAUAUGACUUAUACUGGCCAGAGCUGCGUGCUUUUUCGUUAUGACAAGAGCUGAUGAGGAUGAGGUUUGAGAAAUGUAGAAAUGUGCCAAGCUGGGAAUCUCAAGAGAAAAUCAAAACAAAAAGAUCAGUUUGAUAGUGACGAGUAAACAGCUAAAUAUUUUAUAGCUCAUUUUUCUUGUUUAAAUGGAGGUACCAUAUACCAUUUUGUUAUGUUAAAAUAAUGUUUGUUUACAGAUGCACUUGGUUUUCAUUGUGUAUAUAAAUUUUUUUUUUUUUUUUUUUUUUGCUUCUCAUAGUAAAUGGGUAAAUUUGCUCUACUAAAAAUUAGAGAACAGUAAUGUUGGUUUGUGUGAUGUUACUGAAUUGCAUUUAUUUGAAUUUUGUCUUGUUUGUUCAGUAAACUGUUAAGCUCAUUUUAAAAUGGCAAUGAUUGGCCCUGAAAAAAUAUACCUUUUUGUAUGAGGUUUUCACUUUUUGAAAUAAAUAUCUGUUUUAAAAGAGAA